AGCAUAACGACAAGUGCUGGUAUCGAACCUAUCGUGAUGAUCUGUGUUGGGUUGCACAUGCAGGGCUCAGCCACACUGGGCUGGGCUGAAGAUACACCGACUCUCAGCCUUCCCUUCUGCCACAUCCACCUGCUUCCAGGCUACCGAGACGAGUUUGUUAGCUACGAAUAACUACAGAAGCCUUCCUUAUCUCAUUCAGAAUCAAAUAGCUUCUAACCGACCACAUUCCGAUGCCGCCUCGCCCAACGGACUAGUCUCGCGCAAAGAAACUGUCCUCAGUAGAUCUUAGGCGCAGAGACCAUGGAUCCCGCAAUACCAUCUACCGGCUUGUCACUAGUGGCCGAACCUGAAUAUCCAUCCCUAGACCUCAUUUUUGUCCAUGGGUUCACCGGCCACCCUGAGCGAACCUGGACGCAUACUAAGGGCGAUGUUGCACAUCGCAUUGAGGACAACCGCGAACUAGACGAGCCACCUCCGAAAGCCCGAAAACUCAAUUCGUUCCCGUUCUCUAGGGCGCGCAAAGAAAGCUCUCAUAACGUUGUAUAUUGGCCGAGAGAGUUGAUCCCCGAUACCAUCCCCGAGGCGCGAGUCCUGACUUACGGCUAUGACACAUAUAUAAGGCAUAAGCUGGGGCCUCCUGGGAGCAUGAGCGCUGUCUACGACAUUGCGUGGGACUUCCUAGUCGCCCUGGAAGCUCUGCGCCGGGAAGAGCCGUUGAGACCGGCCAUAUUCGUGGUACACAGUCUGGGUGGCAUUGUUGUCAAGGAGAUGUUGCGGAGAUCGAGCGGCUGCCUUCGCGGCCAAGCUCAUCUCCGGUCCGUCUUUGAGUCUACAAUUGGCGUUAUGUUUUUCGGCACACCGCACAGUGGAGCUGACCCGCGUGGUCUACUUCAUCGCAUUGCUGAGAAGGUGAUCAAAGCUGCCGGAUUCUCCGUUAAUGAGCAGAUCGUCAACACUCUUCUACCGUCAUCGGAACGUCUUCGGGAGCUAAGAGACGAGUUUGGUCCCAUGGCUAUCGAGCAGAAUUGGAUCAUACAUUCCUUCCAAGAGCAAUUAGGCGUUGUGGCUCUCGGCGGUCAGAAAGUCGUCGAAGAUACAUCGUCAUAUCUGAAUCUCCCUGCACUGGAAAUCUGCGAGCAUAUCGGACGCAAUCAUAUGGAUAUGUGCCGCUUCAAGGGACCCGAUGACAUCGAAUACCGGAAAGCGUCUUCCGCCCUACGCAGGAUGACGAGUUCAGUCUCGAAGCAGCCGAAAAGAAGCGAAGAAAUACCAUUGAACGACGAGCAAAAGAGGAUGUUGUUGGAUUCGCUAAAAUUCGACCGGAUAGAUGCGCACCAGAUGACGGUCAGGACUGCGCAUGCUAAAACCUGCAAAUGGCUGCUGAACAAGUCCGAAUACCUCGAUUGGCUUGACCUCGCCAACCUACACAAACAUCAUGGCUUCUUGUGGAUUAAAGGGAAACCAGGAUCUGGAAAGUCGACGCUGAUGAAGUUCGCCCUCGCUACCGCUCGGAAGACGAUGAAAGGUAGAACCGUCAUCUCGUUCUUCUUCAACGCGCGAGGUGAUUCUCUAGAGAAAUCCACAUUGGGUACCUAUCGAUCGCUUCUAUUGCAACUUCUAGAACGGUUUCCGGCGCUCCAGAGUGUCUUCGAUUCCCUUAUUGUGUCCACUUCGAUCAUCACACCGUCGUAUGAAUGGAGUAUCGAAUCUCUGAAGAUCUUACUACAGCAUACGGUUCAAAGUCUCGGCAAGUCGUCUGUGGUCUGCUUCAUUGAUGCCUUGGAUGAAUGUGAAGAGGAUCAGGUUCGGGACAUGAUGUCUUUCUUUGAAAAUCUGAGCGAAGUCGCUGUCUCAGCCGGUGUCCAAUUGCACGUCUGCUUCUCAAGCCGGCACUACCCGCAUAUUACGAUCACGCGAGGGUUGACUAUGGUUCUGGAAGGACAAGAAGGCCACAACCAGGAUAUCGCAAACUACCUCGACAGCGAGUUGAAGAUUGGGCACAGCAAGGUUGCUGAACAGAUUCGAGGAGAACUCCAAGAGAAAGCGGCGGGGAUCUUUAUGUGGGUUGUUCUCGUGGUUGGCAUCUUGAAUAAGGAAUAUGAUCGCGGCUGGGUACACGCGCUCAGACGACGGCUGCACGAGAUUCCGGAAGAUUUACACGAGCUUUUCCGGGAUAUCCUAACCCGGGAUUCCCAAAACCGUCACAAACUAGUCCUAUGUGUUCAGUGGCUGCUUUUCUCAAGGCAACCACUAAGUCCGGAACAGCUAUAUUUCGCGAUUCUGUCGGGCGUUGAGCCUGAAUCAAUAUCGAGAUGGGAUCCUGAAGGGAUCGGGUUGGAUACGAUCAAGAGGGUUGUUCUCGACUCCUCCAGAGGUCUAGCCGAAAUCACGACCAAAACGCCAAGGGCCCAGUUCAUUCACGAGUCGGUGAGAGAUUUUUUUCUCAUAGAAGACGGGCUGGGAAGCAUCUGGCCUGACCUCAGAAGCAACUUUCAAGGUCAAAGUCAUGACAGGCUUAAGACAUGUUGCCUGAACUAUAUGGAUGCGGGCAUAGCGGUCCAAAUAAACCUCCCAGGGGAGCUUCCAGCAUAUUUGAAGCCCGAAGCAGUAGUGCUGCGCGAAUCUACCACCGCCGCAUUCCCUCUCCUGGAUUACGCCGUCCGGAACGUUCUAUACCACGCAGAUGCAGCAGAAGGGAGUGGUGUUUCACAGUCUACUUUUCUCGAUAAAUUCCCACGUACCAACUGGAUCUGGCUCGACAAUCUGCUCCAAAACUUUGGGACGCGUAGGCAUACGUGGGAUGCCAGCCUUCUGUACCUACUCGCAGAAAGCAAUGCAUCCAACCUCAUUAGAAUCCAUUCUUCCGUUCCAUCGUCACUCGAAGUGGGGACUGAGAGGUACGGACCUCCUCUUCUUGCAGCGCUUGCAACGGGGAGUGAAGAUGCUGUUCGGGUCUUUGCGGAAGCUUACGCAAAAUACCGGCUUGCAGAGAGUGGUCCGCACAGCCUGUGCAGUGAAUACAAGCCUACCGCAAACAGCCGGCGAGACAUUGGACGUGGCUUUAGUUUCCACAAAUCGAAGGGCUUGCUCUAUUACCUAGCGGAGCUGGGCAACGAGGAGUUGUUUGCACUCGUGCUUCGGACGGGACUUCUACCGCCGAACUCGACGGAUAAAGAUGGACAGACUCUCUUUUUCUUUGCCGCGCUAAAUCACCACGAUGUCAUCGCAAAGCUGCUGCUAGAGACAGGAAAAUUGCUCCUUAAGAGAGGGGCUGAAGCGGACUCAAAAGAUUUGGCUGGAUGCACGCCGCUUAUGUCCGCGACUUAUUGCGGGCAUGUUGGCGUAGUCCGCUUGCUGCUUAAGACGGGCAGGGUUGACGUGAACUCACGCAAUGUCAAUAUGGAGACAGCCCUAUUGCUAGCUGCAAAGAGAGGUCAUGAGGCAAUACUCAAGCUACUUCUCGAGGAAGAGGUUGAAGUGAACUCAAAGGACAGCUUUGGGAGAACUCCGCUUGCAUGGGCGGGGAUCAGGGGACACGUCAGCAUAGCAAAGUUGCUACUCCGGACGGGCCGGGUCGACGCCAAUUUAAACGACAAGAUCGGGAGAACUCUGCUUUCAUGGGCGGCGGGUGAAGGACAUGUUAGCGCAGCACAGUUGCUACUCCAGACGGACCGGGUUGAUGCCGACUCAAAAGAUGAUGGUGGAGACACACGAUGA